CUGGUUUUGAUGCUGCAUCCUGAGGAGGAUUCUGUUCAUGAUGACCUUUGACCCUGUGAACACAGCACAUAACGAGACUCAGUCAACCAGUCAGACUGCAUACUUUGAUGGUGGCAUGAGGACACACCCUCUCUGAUGAAGGACAACAAGCUGCAACAAGCUGCGUCACUUCACUCCAUCUGAUGGAAGCUGAAGUGAAGCACGGAGCUCCUUUUCUACAGACCUGCUGAGGACAGAAGAGAGCUGCACACUGAGGAAGAUCAUGUCUACAAGAUCACAGGUUGUUGUGAAGGUGUGAAGGUGUGGACUCUGCUAUGAAUCAGGCUGAGGACCCAGAGGACAGUGUCCCUCCCACUGAAGCCCCUCUGUGUGGGGGACAUGACAGACAGACCAAAGCUCAGAGGACCAAUCAGAGACCAGAGCCUGUAGCUGGACCUGAUUCUGAACCUGGUCUGCGAUCGGGACCUGAACCAAGCUGUGUGUCCAUGAAGAGUAACCAGUCUAAGGAAUGGCCUAUAGUCUUCAAAGAUGGCCGUCCCUCUGCUGAUGCAAGUUCAUAUCAGCAGAGAGGAAAGUCUCCUGAACCCAGCUGUGAGUCCAUGACGAGUGAUUGGUGUAAAGAUGUUCUAAAUUACUUCAAUGGUCGACGCCAACCUUAUGACCCUGAAGAAGACCAGAAGAGCUUGGAGGUUCCCACAGGUCAGUCUGCCCAACAGCAACAAACACACCUGGACUCCAUCUUCAUGUUGCUGGAGGGGGACAUCCUGACUUUUGUGAAGAAUGAGCUGAAGAAGAUCCAGAAGGUUGUGUGUUCUGGUUACCCAGAAUGCUUGGAGAUGGAGGAUGAAGAGGUGCUGGAUGAAGAGCUGAUGAGGAGCAGAGAGGCAUUUGUGAAGAUCUCAGUGCACUUCCUGAGGAGAAUGAGGCAAGAGGAGCUGGCUGACCGUCUGCAGAGCAGACUUCUUCCUGCAGAUUGUCAACGUGAACUCAAAUCCAACCUGAAGAAGAAGUUCCAGUCUGUGUUUGAGGGCAUCGCUAAAGCAGGAAACAAAACCCUUCUGAAUGAGAUCUACACAGAGCUCUACAUCACAGAGGGAGGGGCUGCAGAGGUCAAUCAAGAACAUGAGGUCAGGCAGAUUGAAACAGCAUCCUGGAAACGAGCCAGACCAGAAACAACCAUCAGACGAGAAGACCUCUUCAAAGCCUCAGCUGGAGGAGAAGAACCAAUCAGAACAGUGAUGACUAAGGGAGUGGCUGGCAUUGGGAAAACAGUCUUAACACAGAAGUUCACUCUGGACUGGGCUGAUGACAAAGACCACCAGGAGAUACAGUUUACAUUUCCAUUCACCUUCAGAGAGCUGAAUGUUCUGAGAGAGAAGAAGUUCAGCUUGGUGGGACUUGUUCAUCACUUCUUCAGUGAAAUCAGAGCAGCAGGAAUCUGCAGCUUUGAAGAGUUCCAGGUUGUGUUCAUCUUUGAUGGUCUGGAUGAGUGUCGACUUCCUCUGGACUUCCACAACAAUGAGAUCCUGACUGAUGUCACAGAGUCGACCUCAGUGGAUGUGCUCCUCACAAACCUCAUCAGGGGGAAGCUGCUUCCCUCUGCUCGCCUCUGGAUAACCACACGACCUGCAGCAGCCAAUCAGAUCCCUCCGAAGUGCAUUGACAUGGUGACGGAGGUCAGAGGGUUCACCGACACCCAGAAGGAGGAGUACUUCAGGAAGAGGUUCAGAGAUAUGAAGCAGAGCCGCAGGAUCAUCUCUCACAUCAAGUCCUCACAAAGCCUCCACAUCAUGUGCCACAUCCCAGUCUUCUGCUGGAUCACUUCUACGGUUCUUGAGGAAGUGUUGAACACAACAGAGCUGCCCAAGACCCUGACUGAGAUGUACAUCCACUUCCUGGUGGUCCAGUCCAAAAGGAAGAAGGUCAAGUACGAUGAAGGAGCCGAGACGGAUCCACUCUGGAGUCCAGAGAACAGGAAGAUGAUCGAGGCUCUGGGAAAAUUGGCCUUUGAUGAGCUGCAGAAAGGCCACCUGAUCUUCUAUGAAUCUGACCUGAGAGAGUGUGGCAUCAAUAUCAGAGCAGCCUCAGUGUACUCAGGAGUGUUCACUCAGAUCUUCAGAGAGGAGAGAGGACUGUACCAGGACACGGUGUUCUGCUUCGUCCAUCUGAGUGUUCAGGAGUUUCUGGCUGCUCUUCAUGUUCAUCUGACCUUCUUCAACUCUGGUGUCAAUCUGCUGUCAGAAGAACAAACAACCUCCCUGUUGUCUAAAGCCUUUGGGGACAAACCUGAGCCAAUGCGUCUCUACCAGAGUGCUGUGGACAAGGCCUUACAGAGUCCUAAUGGACACCUGGACUUGCUCCUCCGCUUCCUCCUGGGUUUUUCCCAGGAGACCAAUCAGACUCUCCUACAAGGUCUUCUGACAGGAGGUUGCUCACUGACCAAUCAGGAGACAAUCCACUACAUCAAGGAGAGGAUCAGUGAGGAUGUGUCUCCAGAGAAAAGCAUCAAUCUGUUCCACUGUCUGAAUGAACUGAAUGAUGGUUCUCUAGUGGAGGAGAUCCAACAGUCCCUUAGAUCAGGACGUCUCUCCUCAGAUAAACUGUCUCCUGCUCAGUGGUCUGCUCUGGUCUUCAUCUUAAUGUCAUCACAGGAAGAUCUGGAGGUGUUUGAUCUGAAGAAAUAUCAUGCGUCAGAUGAGGCUCUUCUGAGGCUGCUGCCAGUGGUCAAAGCCUCCAACAAAGCUCAACUUAGUGACUGUAACCUCUCAGAGAGAAGCUGUGAAGUUUUGUCCUCAGUCCUCAGCUCCCAGUCCUCUAGUCUGAGAGAACUGGAUCUGAGCUACAACGGCCUGCAGGAUUCAGGAGUGAAGCUGCUUUGUGAUGGACUGAAGAGUCCACACUGUGACCUGGAGACUCUCAGCCUGUCAGGCUGUCUGAUCACAGAGGAAGGCUUUGCUUCUCUGGCCUCAGCUCUGAGCUCCAACCCCUCCCACCUGAGAGAGCUGGACCUGAGCUACAACCAUCCAGGAGACUCUGGAGUGAAACUUCUGUCUGCUGGACUUGAGGAUCCACACUGGACACUGGACACUCUCAGGGUGGAGCCUGCUGGAGUCCAAUGGUUCAGACCAGGUCUGAUGAAGUAUUCCUGUGAACUCACAAUCGACACAAACACAGUAAACAGAAACCUCAAACUGUCUGACAACAACAGGAAGGUGACACAUGUGGAGGAGGAGGAAGAAAAAGAGGAGGAGAAUCAGUCAUAUCCUGAUCAUCCAGACAGAUUUGACUUCUGGCCUCAGCUGCUGUGUGGAACUGGUCUGACUGGUCGCUGUUACUGGGAGGUCGAGUGGAGUGGAACAGUUUCUAUAUCAGUGAGUUACAGAGGAAUCAAGAGGAAAGGAAGCACUAGAGACUGUUGGUUUGGAUACGAUGAUCAGUCCUGGUGUCUGAGAUGCUCUGAUGAAGGUUACUCUGUCCGUCACAAUAAGAUAUUAACACCUAUCACCUCCUCCUCCUCCUCCUCCUCUGGUAGAGUAGCAGUGUAUGUGGACUGUCCUGCUGGCUUUCUGUCCUUCUACAGAGUCUCCUCUGACACACUGAUCCACCUCCACACCUUCAGCACCACAUUCACUGAACCUCUUUAUCCUGGGUUCUUUGUCUUUGUUGAGUCCUCUAUGUCUCUGUGUUGAGGGAGAGUCUCCUCCUGGUGGAGAACCUUCCUCUCUGCUCACCACAUAGUUCAGUCUGUACAGCUGAUGUAGGUCCAUGUGGAUGUAGAUGCAGGUGAGGGGUACCUGAGCUGGUCUGGACUCUGGGGGUCCACAGCUCUCUGGGUCUUGUGAUGUUGCAGAUGAACGUCUGAAAGAGCUCAGCGAGGUGUGUUUUAAUGUUGCUGUGCUCGUUGUCUCUGUGGAUGAAUCAAUAAAUGAUAUAAUUAUAGAUGAAUCUUUAUGUUGCAGAUUACAUUUUAUAAAAAGGUCUGUCAUCUGCCCCCCCACCCAAAUAUGAGUUAAAUGUCUCUGCAUGAUAAACUGUUUUCAUUUGAGUGUUCUUCAUUAUUAUUUAAUUGCUUUUUCAAGGAUUGUUUGUAAUAACACAAAUAAUGAAAAUAUGAAUGUAAUUCUUCUUGAUCCAAUUUUAACAAUAAAUCUUUUAAAUGUGUUUAAAUCUAUUUUGACAUAAUCAGGUUUGUCGUGAACAAGAACCUUUUGAAAGCUACAGCUGAAGAAAAGAUUUAAUGACAGUUAAUAUCAGUUACUUGUGUUUUAUUAACGUUUAUAUAAUGUUUAGCCCCUCCAUGUAUUACUGUCUGUCACGAGUGUUUGUGUUGAAUUCAGAUGCAAAAUGUUUAAGUAGAUUUUAUGGUUUUUCAGGACAAUAAUGUGAAGCUGCAUUCAUUUA